CCUUCCGUAUUUCUCCGACGACAUAUUGUUUGUGAGGAGCAAAUUCUGGAAAGCAAACCGAGGAAGAGGAUUACAAUUUAUUUAUCUCUAAACACAAGAAGUAACUGUCAUUUAAGAUCAAAUGGAGCCGUCAGCCAGUCCAGCGAAGGAUAACCACAGGAUGAACAGUUACAAGAACAAAGCCCUGAAUGUGGAGGAGAUGAGGCGCAGGAGAGAGGAGGAGGGUAUCCAGCUGAGGAAGCAGAAACGAGAGCAACAGCUGUUCAAGAGGAGAAACGUUGACAUGUUGAACGAGGAAGGAGUCAUGUUUGAGAGUCCGCUGGUCGACUCGUAUGUCACCUCUACAGCCACGGAGGAAGGAGUCCUAACUAAAGACUUGGUGGAGAUGCUCUUCUCAGAGGACCCAGAGCUCCAACUCACUACAACACAGUCAUUCAGGAAACUACUGUCCAAAGAACCCAAUCCACCUAUUGACGAGGUCAUCAACACCCCAGGCAUUGUAGAGAGGUUUGUAGAGUUCCUGAAGAGGAGCGUCAACUGCACAUUACAGUUUGAGGCAGCCUGGGCCCUGACCAACAUAGCAUCAGGUACUUCCAUGCAGACUAACAUAGUAAUCGAGGCAGGAGCAGUACCCAUCUUUAUAGAACUACUCAACUCGGACUUUGAAGAUGUUCAGGAACAGGCGGUAUGGGCUUUGGGUAACAUAGCAGGGGACAGUCCAGUGUGCAGAGACUACGUACUCAACUGUAAUAUCCUGCCACCAUUAUUAAUGCUUCUGACUAAAUCCACCAGACUGAGCAUGACCAGGAAUGCAGUGUGGGCUCUGUCUAACCUGUGCAGGGGGAAGAGCCCCCCACCGGUAUUUGAGAAGGUGUCCCCCUGUCUGCAGGUCCUGUCUAGACUGUUGUUCAGCAGUGAUUCAGAUCUGUUAGCAGACGCCUGCUGGGCUCUGUCCUACCUCUCUGAUGGACCCAACGAGAAGAUCCAGGCUGUCAUCGACUCCGGCGUCUGCAGGCGCCUCGUAGAGCUGCUCAUGCACACAGACUACAAGGUGGCGUCUCCUGCUCUGAGAGCAGUGGGGAACAUCGUUACUGGAGACGACAUUCAGACACAGGUGGUGUUGAACUGUUCAGCCCUGCCCUGUCUGCUCCACCUGCUGAGUAGUCCUAAAGAGUCCAUCCGGAAAGAAGCCUGCUGGACUGUCUCCAACAUCACAGCUGGCAACAGGGCUCAGAUACAGACGGUGAUUGACGCCAACAUCUUCCCUGUGCUGAUCGACAUCCUGCAGAAGGCGGAGUUUAGAACCAGGAAGGAAGCAGCCUGGGCCAUCACUAACGCCACCUCUGGAGGAAUGCCUGAACAGAUCAGGUACCUGGUGAACCUGGGCUGUAUCAAGCCUCUGUGUGACCUGUUGACGGUGAUGGACAGUAAGAUAGUCCAGGUGUCUCUGAACGGUCUGGAGAACAUUCUGAGACUGGGAGACCAAGAGGCCAAGCAGGAUGCAGGACCCAGUGGUACCGGCAUCAACCCCUACUGCUCUCUCAUAGAGGAGGCCUAUGGUCUGGAUAAGAUCGAGUUUCUUCAGAGUCAUGAGAACCAAGAGAUCUACCAGAAGGCCUUUGAUCUGAUAGAGCACUACUUUGGAGUGGAGGAGGAGGACCAGAGCCUGGCUCCUCCGGUGGACCAGGCCAAUCAGCAGUUCCUCUUUCCCCAGCAGGAGGCACCCAUGGAGGGCUUCCAGCUAUAACGCCCUCCCUGUCCUCUGGUUCUCAUCUGGUUCAUCUUAAACAACCGUCACUCAUACCCAUGGAGGAGUUUCAGAUAAAACAUCCACCCCCUUAUCUUCACCCCAUGGAGGAAUUUGGGGUAUAAUCAGUCCCCUCCACCCUCCAUGUCCAACCAUUGCCUCAUCCUCUAUACCCAGCCUGAGCCAAAGGGCAAGUUUUAGCCCCAACAGAUGAAGGGUGGUGGUGACCCCCCCCCCCCCCCCCCCUCACCCGUGAAGCAAUGACCUUAUCCACCUUAUAUCCUCCACCCCCACGGAAGGUAGAGCGUUGUCCUCUCCCUCUUUUCCUACGGAAGGUAGAGCAUUGUCCUCUCCCUCCUUUCCCACGGAAGGUAGAGCAUUGUCCUCUCCCUCUUUUCCUACGGAAGGUAGAGCAUUGUCCUCUCCCUCCUUUCCCACGGAAGGUAGAGCAUUGUCCUCUCCCUCUUUUCCCACGGAAGGUAGAGCAUUGUCCUCUCCCUCUUUUCCCACGGAAGGUAGAGCGUUGUCCUCUCCCUCCUUUCCCACGGAAGGUAGAAUGUUGUCCUCUCCCUCCUUUCCUACGGAAGGUAGAGCAUUGUCCUCUCCCUCCUUUCCCACGGAAGGUAGAGCAUUGUCCUCUCCCUCCUUUCCCACGGAAGGUAGAAUGUUGUCCUCUCCCUCCUUUCCCACGGAAGGCUUACAGAUUUAACUAUCCAACCUAUAUUCCCAAUCUUUGAGCUGGCUUUACCUACCCUAACAGAUCAGACACUUCUAACGGAAUGCCACGUCUCGGCUGUAGAGCCAAUAGGAGAGCUGAACACAACCCACUUGACCUGAUGAUAAAACAAAGCUCUUCCCAGAUCAGUGAUCACCCAACCAGGGCCAAGGUUUGGUCCAGUCCAGGUUUAACAUGCACAGACACAAUAACAGAUACACCGCCAGUACUGUUGAUACCCUGAUUCUUCUGACCGUAACGGUGGUUUGAUUUGGUUUGGUUAUUAGUGCUUCCUGUCUGCCCAUAGGGAUGUCCUUCUUCGGCAUGUAGGGGUUUGAUAGGUCAAACCUGACCAGUGGGAGGUGUGUUUAUUUAAUUUUUACCCUUUUCCUUUAUGACAAUUAUCUUCCUCGUCCUUAUCUGUUUCCCCCUCGUUUUAGCUUUUGUCAGCCCUGUUUUUCUCUCUGACCUGUUCUAAAACGUAUUGCAUCUACAUGCACCACCUGAAGACUGAAGUGUCCCAAGACAGAAGAAUGGCCUCUUUACUGUUAACAAUAAAACAAUCUGGAUGUAUUCUCAACUCAGAGGCCAAACCCUCAUUCAUAUUGGUUUCUUUCUAUAUCGGACAUACAGGGUUCCACUAAGCAAUUCUGGAGAUUCUUAAGAAUUCUAGAACUAUGGUUUGAAGUGGAGAGCCAAGGUUCUCCCCUUCUCGAACUAACUGAAUCCUUUCUCUACAAUGUAUUUUGUCUUUUGUUGAACUUUUUAGUUUUGUGCUUGUGGAGGAGCAUGUUGGGAUCUGAAUCGUAAAAUCAGGUAAACGUCUGGGCUAAGGGAGGGUGUUGACUGGGGGGGGGGUCUGCGAGGGGUAAGGGACUAUAGGUGUGUGUGUGUGGGGAUAUUGAAAGAUAUAUAAAGUCACCUAGGUUAUUAGCUUGAUCCGAGCUUGAUAUAACUAGCAAUAUAAUAUUUGUGCCGUGUUCUUCAUUAACGAUACGUUUUGAAUUAUGACGUGAUUCUAACUGUUUAAACAGCACACCGCUGGGGGGCGGGGCCUACGCUAGCCACAGCACGAGAAUAUGUGAUUAUCCAAACCAAACUUAUUUUUAUAUAUAAAUACAGACAAGAUGUAAGAUCUCCAUUUUGGCUUUCAAGGGAUUGUUUCUCUUAUUUAGGGAUUAGGGAUGAUUCCUUACUUGAAAAACACACGUAACUCAGUCAAACCUUAGUCAGAUGGCAACAUCAGAUUUAUGCAAAAAUAUUGAAGUUACUCACUUCCAUGUCCGGUUAGGAUUUGGGCUUUUUAGUUUUUCUUUUGGAUUUCUCUGACCCCUGGGAUGCGUUCCAUAGGAGCCUGGCAUGCAUUCCAAAUGGCACACUAUUCCCUAUAUAGUGCACUACUUCUGACUCUAUGGGCUCUGGCCAAAAGCUGUGUAAUAUAUAGUGUGCCAUUUGGGACUUGGCCCUGGUGUAAAUAUAUGUUUGUGCUGGCUGAGUUGUACUAGGCCCUGGAAUGUGAUGAGGUGUUGCUGCCCCCCCCGGUGUGUCUGUGGUAGGAUUUGCAUGGUGUUUCUAUUGCCUUACCUACUGUCACGUAGUAUCCCUUUGCCAAACACCUGGUAGUACACACCUGGUAGUACACACCUCUCGUGUGAGAGAAGAGGGUGCGGGGGGGAGAGGAGGAGGAAGAGGGGAGGCUGAAGAGAGUGCUGUAAUUUAGGUCUUAGAAAAUCUAACUAUAUAAGAAUUUAAUGUUCCAUUGACAAGAGAAAGUACAGGGGACAGAGUUUAUCACAUAUUAGAUGGUAUAGUUCAGGGGACAGUUAUCACAUAUUAGUGGCGUUGAGGCAAUACCAUCUAUUGUCUAGUUGGCGGUGAGGUAAUACCAUCUGUUGGCGGUGAGGUAAUACCAUCUAUUGUCUAGUUGGCGGUGAGGUAAUACCAUCUGUUGGCGGUGAGGUAAUACCAUCUAUUGGCUAGUUGGCGGUGAGGUAAUGCCAUCUAUUGGCUAGUUGGCGGUGAGGUAAUACCAUCUAUUGUCUAGUUGGCGGUGAGGUAAUACCAUCUGUUGUCUAGUUGGCGGUGAGGUAAUACCACCUAUUGUCUAUUUGGCGGUGAGGUAAUACCACUUAUUGUCUAGUUGGCGGUGAGGUAAUACCACCUAUUGUCUAGUUGGCGGUGAGGUAAUACCACCUAUUGUCUAGUUGGCGGUGAGGUAAUACCAUCUAUUGUCUUGUUGGCGGUGAGGUAAUACCAUCUAUUGGCUAGUUGGCGGUGAGGUAAUGCCAUCUAUUGGCUAGUUGGCGGUGAGGUAAUGCCAUCUAUUGGCUAGUUGGCGGUGAGGUAAUGCCAUCUAUUGGCUAGUUGGCGGUGAGGUAAUGCCAUCUAUUGGCUAGUUGGCGGUGAGGUAAUGCCAUCUAUUGGCUAGUUGGCGGUGAGGUAAUGCCAUCUAUUGGCUAGUUGGCGGUGAGGUAAUGCCAUCUAUUGGCUAGUUGGCGGUGAGGUAAUGCCAUCUAUUGGCUAGUUGGCGGUGAGGUAAUGCCAUCUAUUGGCUAGUUGGCGGUGAGGUAAUGCCAUCUAUUGGCUAGUUGGCGGUGAGGUAAUGCCAUCUAUUACCCAGUUGGCGGUGAGGUAAUGCCAUCUAUUACCCAGUUGGCGGUGAGGUAAUACCAUCUAUUGUCUAGUUGGCGGUGAGGUAAUACCAUCUAUUGUCUAGUUGGCGGUGAGGUAAUAGUGUGGUGAUUGUGUGUAGGGUUACAACUGAUAUCAGUUGUUUUUGCGUUCUGCUGUUGAAUCCUCCAACCAGGAUUUCUGUGAAACGGGAAUUUGAGAAAAGGUACCGUAAUUUUGCAACUCUGCCGUGUUGGAAAGAAAUGGGAAUGACAACUUGUAACGUUGCAUCGGCCAUUGUGAAUGUGAUAAGUACUAUUUGUCACUGUGAUGCGGAUAAGUACUAGGAAUCAUUGUGAUGCGGAUAAGUACUAGGAAUCAUUGUGAUGGGGAUAAGUACUAGGAAUCAUUGUGAUGGGGAUAAGUACUAGGAAUCAUUGUGAUGGGGAUAAGUACUAGGAAUCAUUGUGAUGGGGAUAAGUACUAGGAAUCAUUGUGAUGCGGAUAAGUACUAGGAAUCAUUGUGAUGGGGAUAAGUACUAGGAAUCAUUGUGAUGGGGAUAAGUACUAGGAAUCAUUGUGAUGGGGAUAAGUACUAGGAAUCAUUGUGAUGGGGAUAAGUACUAGGAAUCAUUGUGAUGGGGAUAAGUACUAGGAAUCAUUGUGAUGGGGAUAAGUACUAGGAAUCAUUGUGAUGGGGAUAAGUACUAGGAAUCAUUGUGAUGGGGAUAAGUACUAGGAGUCAUUGUGUUGGGGAUAAGUACUAGGUGUCAUUGUGUUGGGGAUAAGUACUAGGUGUCAUUGUGUUGGGGAUAAGUACUAGGUGUCAUUGUGAUGAUGGUAAGUACUAGGCAUCAUGGGGAUAAGUACUAGGCAUCAUUGUACCAGGUAUCAUUGGUAUAGUGAUAUGUACCAGGUAUCAUGGGGAUAAGUACCAGGUAUCAUGGGGAUAAGUACCAGGUAUCAUGGGGAUAAGUACCAGGUAUCAUUGGUAUGGGGAUAUGUACUAGGUAUUGAUGGGUAUUAUUCUCUGUCCUUCAUAGGGUGCAUUUUAAACGGCACUAUUCCUCUUCGUACACUCGUUUUUGACAGGAGCCACCUAGGGAGCCUCUAUAUCAGACAGGGUGUCAUUUGAGAUGAAAUCAUAGAUCUAACGACAACCAGGGUUUGGCAAGGGAUACGUCUUUUAAUUUAGACCGUGAUGAACCUAACCGCAGAAAUUCUAGUAAAGAGAUGCAUUUGCACACACACUUCAUGCAUACAACACCAGCAGACAGUACACUGUACACACGGACAAGUGUUCAACAACAACUUCCAUAAUCCACUUUUUUGAUUUUUUUUUUUUUUUGAAUGAUCAUGUGUUUUCUUUUUCUGUGUUCUAUUUCUACAGGUUUGGUUUUCGAUGCAGUAUGUUCAUUCAAGGUUUUCUUGCAUCGUUUUGCCACUUCCUUUUUAGGCACUUUUGAAGUUAUGCACUUAGAAAACAUGUUUUAUUAAAUAGUGCACCCACCCACAGUGCAAUGCUCUUUGAAAUGAUUAGAUUAAUACUGGAGAUGGAAGGUAUGACACACAAAGGAUUAUUAAAGUGAAACGAUCACAUUCACAGCAUCAUUUCAUACCUCCUUAAAGAAUAUCUGAGAUACUGUGACAUUUCUGUUAUUUUCUUGAGGAAGUGCGUGGUGUAUUUCCUGAUAUUAGGGGAACCUAUUUUCUCCCUUCACUGCUACACUGACUGAAGAUGGUUUGAUGUUAUGCCCUUAGACACAGAUCUAGGAUCAGCUUACCUUCAAUCAUAACCUUAAAUAUCAAUUGGGGGGGGGGGGCAGUUAAAGCUGAACUCAGAUCAGUAUCUAUGGGUUCAGUGGAGCUUAUGGAUCCAAAGUCUGGUAGUGUGACCUUUUCACUGACAGCAGUUGUGAGGGAGGAGACAAAUGUUCAAUGAUUAUGUUCCCAUCGGAGUCUGGUAGCAACUUGUUCUGUGGAUCCCCCAUUUCCCCUUGUGGAGUUGAACCGUCUGGGUUAAACAACAUCGGAAUAGUAGCAUUUUUUUUGGAUUGUUUGGUACCAGAAAAAUGAAUGUGGACGAUGGGGUUAAAAGCUGUAUGUUUUAUUUCAAACUUUUCUCAAAGUCUGAAGUGUCUUUUUGGAAGGAUAUCUGUAACGCAGCAGGAUAUCCUCAUUUUGGGGGGGUGACUAAAUAUGCAAGCUAUGAGAGGACCCUUGUCAUUGCACCUGUUUAUAUAGCAAGUCAUUCCCUUAUGGUUAUACUGUCCUACCUGAUGUGAUGUCUCGGUAGGUUGAGCCUGUGAGGUUGAGAGCCAUGACUUUAUGCAAUGUCUUACCGUAUUAUAUGUUCAACUCUGUAAUGAUGAGGAUGAUUCGUGGUCUGCAAUGAGGAUGAUUCGUGGUCUGCAAUGAGGAUGAUUCGUGGUUUGCAAUGAGGAUGAUUCGUGGUUUGCAAUGAGGAUGAUUCGUGGUUUGCAAUGAGGAUGAUUCGUGGUUUGCAAUGAGGAUGAUUCGUGGUCUGCAAUGAGGAUGAUUCGUGGUCUGCAAUGAGGAUGAUUCGUGGUUUGCAAUGAGGAUGAUUCGUGGUCUGCAAUGAGGAUGAUUCGUGGUCUGCAAUGAUGGUGACUCGUGGUUUUGGACACGUUGUGCUUUGCUUGACAUGCAAAAUGUAUUCAAAUUUGGUAAGAGACUAAGCUUGGCAUUGAUCUGACAUAGAGCAGCUAGUAAUGGUCAUAGACUACAAGCUAUUUUAGGAUUCUAUGCACCAUGGUUGUCUAAAGGGAAAUGGUUGUCCACGGAACAAGUGACCUCCAAACAGACAUUUGAGACUAAAUAAAUCUAGAAAAUAAUGAAACAUUACCUAAUAAAUUUCUCUACAUCACUAACAUGUGAAGCAGCAUUUAUAUAUUAGUAGUCUUUGUUUUUUGGUUUUUCGGGUCUACUUUUGUGUCCAGUCUAUCAACAAAGACUACCAGAAUAGUAAGAUAUUAAACAAAUCAGUGGAUUAAAUAUAUAUUUCUAAUUGUGAAAAAUGAAAAUGCACUCCUAUUCACUGAAGUGCCAAUCCUGACCAACGAAAGACUUGAGGUUGAUUAAACGUCUUUUGACUUAGUGAUCAUAAUCUUUUUUUUCCUUGAAUGUGCACGUUUGUAGUGCAAGAUACUGUUGCUGUAUUUUUCUUAUCUUCUAGUUCCAUGACUUGCCGUGGUUUCUCUAAACAAGUGGCAUUCUUUACUGCUUUUGCACAACAAAAAACUGUGGGAUUGAGUCAGAACAGAGGAAUAAUUUAAUCGUCGAAAAAAAAGAAUAACAUGUAUUUUAUUCUAUCAUGGUGAUCUGUCUAAGUGAAUAAUGAUGCUCUUUUCUUCCAUUUGAACAUGUUGUUUUCACUGUUCAGACCUCACGCUGAAGCAAAUGCAGGACCGCCAGUCCAGACAUGGGUUUGAUUAGAGAAAGGCAGAGCCAUCAAGUCUAAUUUUAAGCUGAAAACAGACUGCAUUGCACAUUAGGUCCCUGAGUUUUUCCUUAGUCGGGUAAUAUGGUCUGGAAAAGCUCCGAGCCCAGGUUCAGGUCAGUUAUAGCAGGCCAAUACAAGGCCACGUUCAGUAGAAAAACAUUAAACGUUGCAGAUAGAAAAGCCACAAAUGGAGAGAAUGUGAUUCAUUAUUCUACAUUUUAGAGGCAUGUUUGUUCUACAUAGCAUAUUUCUAUCUUAAUGUUCCAAACUGUUGUGCCCUGCUGAACGGUCUGCUCAACUUGAACUUCCAUGUUGGCACGACCCAUCUACCCACAAACAGCUAACAGCCACACAAUGAGUAACCCAUCUACCCACAAACAACUAACAGCUAAUUCAAAAUGGAGACGACUCAUUUUUUAUUUAUUUUUUUGACUUUGUGGUGCUUUGUCAUUGCAUGUAUAUUGACUUGGAUAUGGAGGGUAUAUAAUUAUUAUUGGCUGUCCAGACCCAGUCACUCAAUCAACCAAUCACUUGUCCAGAGACAACUUUCAGCUAUCUCUUGAUUUAGCACAAUGAAUCAGAAGCUACGUCCUUGGCUGAGAAUGAACAACCUACCUACCAACCAGAGCGGCAAUAGAAUAUUCUCUAAAAGUCAGCCGUCCCCAGGGAUUCAUUUAAGACUGCUUCCAAAAGUGCAUCCUAUUCCCUAUCUAAUGCACUACUUUUAGAACAGGGGUCCAUGGGGCUCUGGUGAAAAGUAGUGUAUUAAAUAGGGAAUAGACUGUCAUUUGGGACAGAACCUUCUUCCCUUCCUUCUCCCUCUUCCGUGCAAUUACCAGAGCUGAAUGAAUCAUACACACGUGUAAUGAUUUCUGCAAAGUGCUGAAAUGCUUCAUAUGGCAAUAGUAAAGGGACAGGAGGUUUUUCCUGACCAGAAGAAAAUCAAAUGUUAUUUGAGACAUGCGUCCAAUACCCCAGGUGUAGAUCUUACAGUGAAAUGCUUACAAGCUCUUAACCAGUUUUAAGAAGAAAGUGUUAAACUAUUUAUUUACUAAAAUAUCAAUGUCCCAAAUGGCACUAUAUACCCUAUAGCAGGGGUAUUUUCUCUUCUACUUGAUAAUUAAUUUCACACAUCUGGUGUCCCAGGUCUAAAUCGGUCCCUGAUUAGAAGGGAACAAUGAAAUAGUGCAGUGAAACUGGCUUCGAGGUCCAGAGUUGAGUUUGAGGGCCCUAUAUAAUGCACUACUUUUGACCAGAAACCUAUUGGCCAUGGUCAAAAGUAGUGCACUAUAUGUGGAAUAGGGUGCAAUUUGGGAGGGCCUACUGGGUUGUAGUUAUUUGCCAAAGUGUUUCCCUGUCAGGCUCUAUGGUCAGGAAUAACUCCUACCCCUAGGCAAAGAUUUGAAAAAUAAUAAAGAUAACAUUUAAAUGGGACUUUUCUUGUCGUGCAUCCUAGAUCCUGUAAAUGGAUAUAUCUCCCGAAAAUCCCAAGCCACGCCUUAGUGCUCAGCUUUGUCAAAUAAAUAAUGCUAUCUAUUCUACAAUUGUUUACAAUGCGACAUGUUUGUAAAGUAUUUUUCAUAUGUCAUAACUGACCAGUCUUGAUGUAUACUCUUUGAAUCUCUCAUUUAUCCUUUGCAAUGUAUUUAUUUCUAAACAAAUAUUUUUUCAUUUUUCCCCCUUUUUUUUUUUUUUUUUUUUCUAACGAUAAACCAUCUUAUACUGUGACUUGACUUGACCCACGGUAUGAAUGAGUGACUAGAAACUGAUACACUUCAACAGAACAUGACACAAACAGGAAUACAUAAACAAAACAAAAAAUGCAUUAACAAAUAUUGGAAAUGUAUACAAGUGAAAAAAAGUAAAUGGAAACUGUAAAAUAUUAAAAUAUUAAAACAAAUGUUGCAACCCUUUUAA